ACUCUUGGGGCACUGGCCCUCUGCUGGCCGCCUCGUAGGCGGUUCAGUGGGACCGGCCGGCAGUCGCUCGGCCUCGGCGGAGACAUGAGUCACUACCAGAUGCCGGUAGUGAUCGACAACGGCUCCGGAGUGAUUAAGGCCGGGCUGGCUGGGUCUCGGGACCCCGAGUUCAUCUACCCCAACAUCAUCGGCCGCACCAAGGGCCACAACUUUGAGGCCGAGGGCGAGCAGGAGCUGCGUGUGGGCGACCUGGCGCAGGAGCGGAGGAACUCUCUGUCCAUUAGCUACCCUGUAGAGCGCGGGCUCAUUACUCACUGGGGGGACAUGGAGACCAUGUGGAAGCACGUGUUCGACCACAGCCUAAAGCUCAAGCCUUCAGAGGGGCCAGUCCUGCUCACCGAGCCAGCACUGAGCCCGCUGGCCCAGCGCCAACAGAUCGCUGAGGUCUUCUUCGAGCACCUGAAUGUACCCGCCUUCUACCUGUCCAUCCAGGGUGUGCUGGCACUCUUCGCUGCUGGUUUCACAACAGGCUUCGUACUUAACUCUGGUGCCGGCCUGACACAGAGCAUCCCCAUCUUCGAGGGCUACUGCCUGCCCCAUGGUGUGGGGCAGCUAGAUCUGGCUGGCCUGGACCUCACCAAGUAUCUCAUGGUGCUGCUGAAGGACCACGGCAUCAUGCUGCUGAGCGGUUCGGACCGCAGGACCAUCGUGGACAUCAAGGAGACCUCGUGCUAUGUGGCCAUGAACUAUGAAGAGCAGGUGGCCCAGAGCCCCGAGAGCCUGGAGAAGGUCUACCAGUUGCCCGAUGGGAAGCUGGUCAAAUUCCAUGACCAGCUCUUCCGCUGCCCCGAGGCCCUCUUCUCCCCGUCUCUGGUGAACCUCAGCGGCCCUGGCAUCCACCAGAUGUGCAUCAGCAGCAUCAUGAAGUGCGACUCCGACCUCCGGAACUCCUUCUUUGCCAACAUCAUCCUGGCUGGUGGCUCCACUUCCUUCCCAGGCCUGGACAAACGGCUGGUGAAGGACAUGGCCAAGCUGGUGCCAGCCAACACACCUGUGCAGGUGAUCGCACCUCCCGAGAGAAAGCUUUCGGUGUGGAUGGGGGGGUCUAUCCUCGCAUCCCUCUCUGCCUUCCAGGACAUGUGGAUCACCGAUGCCGAGUUUAAAGAGGUUGGGCCCAACAUCGUGCAUCAGAGAUGCUUCUGAGCACCGGCAGACGUUCCCAGCGUGUGUCACUGGGGACUUCAGAUAGUGUGUGUUUCUGGCAGAGCAGAACAUAUUUAAAUUAUCAGGCAUG